GUCCGGCCCUGUUUGUCCCACCCUGUCAGUUUGCGAUCAGCUUAUAAGUACCAGGAGGCCUCCAGCAGGAUAUCUCCUCAGCCGCACCAGCCCCCAGGAGGAAGGCAGAUCUGAACCCGGCACCAUGACGGAACUGGAGACGGCCAUGGGCAUGAUCAUUGACGUCUUUGCCAGGUACUCAGGUGCCAAUGGCAAUGACCAGAGUCUAACCAAGGCACAGCUGAAGGUGCUGAUGGAGAAGGAGCUCCCGUGCUUCCUGCAGAGCGGAAGGGAAACGGAUGCCGUGGACAAACUGCUCAAGGAUCUGGACACCAACGGAGAUGCCAAGGUGGACUUCAACGAGUUCAUUGUGUUUGUAGCCGCACUCACAUCUGCCUGUCACAAGUACUUUCAGCAGGCAGGACCCAAAUGACACGCUGGAGACGAAGAUUCCUGACAGACACGGCUUCCAGAAAGUCCCUGCUGGCGCUUACUUACCUGGGCUUAGCCUGCUAAUGCCCCUCAUCAAUAAA